AUGGGCUCAACUGGCGCCACUUCCACGACCACCAAAGCUUCAUCGCGAAUCGCCUGGUCUUGGGAGGCAGCAUCGACAUUGGAAGAUCACUUUUUGUGGCUCGCCUUGGCUUGGAUCAAUCGAAUUGGCUGGGAUCCUGAAAACGUGCCUGCUUAUGAUACUUUUCGCUGCACUUUGCUUAUGGGUGCUGUAGGAAUGAUGGAGGUUUUGAAAUUUUUGGACGUAAUGAAGGAUAAGGGAUGCCAUCCAGGUCACAAAUUCCUUUCGUUUGCCCUUGAAAGUUGCCGUAAACAUAAUGAUCUUAAAGCGGCGGCGAUAGCCAAAUAA